AUGGUCAGAAAAACUUUGCACAAAGCCGCGUCGGCCAAUGCUCCCGAGCAGCCUCGGCCGACGCGAAAUCCAAAGCGCAAGUAUGCCGAGCCAACGGCCGCCCGAGGAUGGGCCCGGCGAUGCUCCAGCCCAGGGCCGUGGUGUCAACGUCUUCCUGCGGAUGCUGCGGCCCCCCAACCAGUCGACUACUACGGCCUUUCCUGGCCCGUGUCGGGGGCAUUCGAGCCUGCCUUGGCUUUCGCGGCGCCAGGUGUGCCCGGAGAUUAUCUACACUGGGUUGGGCCGUCCUUUGGAAGCGAAUUAUCGCCAGAAGCCGCUGCCAGCAGUCCAUCGUCUCUGCCCCAGCUGAGCGACGCGAUGUUGUCGACGGAAACGCUGCAAGCCAUGCCGUGUCUCAGUAGAAGACAAACCGUGUUUACGCAUGACGGUGGUGUUGCAGGCCUACAGGACAGGAAACGCAUGGAUCGCAUCUUGGGGAAUCUGGUACAGGCGGAAUACCAACAAAGGGCACAUGCAAAGCAACAGCUCAAGGCUAUCGACGACUCAACGUGCAGUACUCCUGACCGUUGA